AAAUUGUAAUAGAAAUGGAGUCCCUUCCUAGUUGUUUUAAGGCCAGUUGUGCGAAUGAAGCUGCCUGUUUUGUAGAAACAGAGGAUUUUUAUGUGUGAGAUAAGCACUGAGAAGGAAAAUAUGCUGAUGCCAUUCCGUUGAAAUCUGGAGGCUUUGUCAACACCAAUAUCAAUAUUCUCAAACAAGCUGUAAAUGUGUUCUCAGGCUUUGUAAAAGAGGUUAGAAAUGAAGAUCUUACGGAAGAAGCAAAGCUUCUUUGUGAAGGGCUCACUCGAGAUACAGAAAAAGCCCAAUCCAACUUUAAUAAAGCCAAAGAGUCAGGAUUACACUAUGAGUUCUGCAACAUCCAAACUAGAGUGGAAGAACUGAUGGAGUUCAUGGAUGAGCAGCCUGUGUUUGUGAAGUUCUUGAGCAGAUGGUUCUGGGACUGCAUGAAGAAAUAUAUCUCCACAGAGGAGAGCACACACCUAAAGAAGGAUGCUCCUAAGAAGCAUGCUUCAAAGUCUAUAAAAACUAACAAAGAACCUUUAGAUAAAGAUACAGGGAGAUAUGAGAAUGUUUUUAACCAAGAAGAUAUGGUCAAGUAUGUUGAUUAUAAUGUUAAACGCAAGUGGGAAGAACUUGGAGAUUACAAAUUCGAUGAGCACUCUCAGUUUGAUGAGAGUAAACUUGAGGAUAGGUCUCUAUACACUUGUGAAUCUGGAACUAAGUAUCUCGGACAGUGGAACAUUCAGGAAAAUUUGAAGCAAGGCAAAGGCACCCAAGUCUGGACAGACGGCUCCUUGUAUCAAGGAAAUUGGGAAAAUAAUGAAACCAAUGGACUCGGAAGGAUUAUAUAUACCAACGGAGAUGUUUAUGAAGGAGAAUGGCUCAAUGGUAAACUCCAUGGCAAAGGAAUCUAUUUAAAAUCAGAUGGCUCAAAAUAUGAUGGAUAUUUUUGACAAGAUGCAUACAACGGAUAUGGAGUUGAAACUUGGACUGAUGGAUCGAUAUAUGAAGGAGAGUAUCAUGAUGGCAAAAUGGAAGGACAAGGAAUGUUUAUAUGGGAAAAUGGCGGAAGAUACAAAGGCCAGUUCAAGAACAAUAAUAUACAUGGACAUGGAAAAUAUGAAUGGUCUGAUGGCAGAACAUUUGAUGGACAAUGGGAAAAUAAUAAAAUGCAUGGAUAUGGGACAUAUGUCUGGAAGGAUGGAAAGAAAUAUGAAGGUCAAUAUAUAAACGAUAAGAAAGAAGGAAAUGGUACUUUCUUUUGGCCAGAUGGUAGAAAAUAUAUAGGACAAUGGCACUUAGGCAAACAGCACGGAAUAGGCACCUAUAUAGCAUUGAAUGGAAAUGAAAGAAAGGGAGAGUGGAUCAAUGGACUAAGAAUCAAAUGGUUAUCAUAAUAA